GCGGAGUACGAGGGCGAGCGCAACGCGGCGGGAGAGCGCGAGGGGCGCGGCGUCAUGCGGUACGCCGACGGCGACGUCUACGAGGGCGAGUGGAAGGCGGGUAAGAGGGAGGGGCGCGGCGUCUACCGGUACGCCGACGGCGAGGUCUACGACGGCGAGUACAAGGCGGGUAUGUACGAGGGGCGCGGCGUCUACCGGUACGCCGACGGCGACGUGGACUCGUGCUUCUUCAAGCAGGAUGCCCCCGUCGGCGAGGGC